AUGAUGGCCGAUCAACCCGAACUACAUCGCGGUUUGAUGAACGUUUAUAUGGACAACACGGAGUCCAGCUUCAUCGACGGGGAUAUCGGAAAACUGUUGUAUCGGGGAUACGACAUCCACGAUUUGGCGGAAAAGUCCACCUUUGAGGAGAUCGUCUACCUGGUGCUGUACGGCGAAUUGCCGAACCAUGCCCAGCUGGAAGAGCUGGAUGGUUACCUGCGCGCCAAUCGACGCAUUCCUGAUGAGAUCAUCACUGUAAUCGAUGCAGUCCAGUCCGCCCAUCCCAUGGAUGUAUUGCAAACUGCGAUGAUAGGACUGGCCGCCUUCGACGAAGAAUCUGAGGACAACUCCAAAGAAGCCAACAUCCGCAAAGCGCUUCGGCUUACGGCCAAGGCUCCCACCAUAGUUACGGCUCAUCACCGCGUGCGCUCCGGCCUUGAGCCGGUGGCGCCUAAUCCCGACCUUAAUCAUGCCGGCAACUUCCUCUUUAUGUUGUUCAACGAAAUCCCGGACGACGAGACCGUCUCGCUCAUGGAUGUGGACUUCAUACUCCACGCCGAACAUGGUGUUAACGCCUCAUCCUUUGCGGCCCGUGUCAGCGCCUCCACCAACUCUACGUUGCAUGCAGCAGUGUCCGGAGCAGUCGGUGCGCUCAAGGGUCCCGCCCACGGCGGGGCUGCCGAAGAAGUAAUGAAGAUGUCCAUAGAGAUCGGCAAUCCGGAAAACGCCGAAGAAUACGCCCGCAAAAAGUUGGACAACCGCGAACGGAUCAUGGGUUUUGGACACCGAGUCUACCGGGCCGAGGAUCCAAGGGCGCGACACUUGCGCGAACGAUCGCAGGCGCUGGGAGAGAAACGGGGCGAUCCUCGUUGGUUCCAGAUUCUCACCCACCUUUCCGAAGACGUGAUGGCUCCCUACCGCGACCGCGGCAUCUACGUUAACGUUGACUUCUACGCCGGUUCGAUCUACCACCUGCUGGGGAUCCCUUCCGACCUGUUCAUCCCCAUUUUUGCUUUGGGACGGGUGCCAGGCUGGUCUGCCCAGUGCAUUGAGCAAUACGAAAACAACAUCCUGUUGCGCCCUCGGCUGCACUACGUCGGCCCGAUGGACCGUGAAUACGUGCCCAUCGACGAACGGUAA